AUGGCAUACGAAAAUGUGUUCACAGAGCUGAGCGCGGCUGAGGUCCCAUUUGAGUUGGUACGCGUGCGCAGCAACUUCUCAGAAAGCGCGAAGGUUGGUCCUGCAGGAUUGCGCAGUGUAACGUCAGAAGCCAAGAUGGUGAGAUCUAAGGAUGAUUUGAUCAUGGGAGAGCGAGCUGCAGUCAGAGCCAACAAAGCCCUUGACAAGAUCUCCGGGAUGUAUGUUGGCAAGAAUGUGGGCGUCAGCCGGGCGGUUGGUGACAGCUUGGAGAAAGUCUUUGGAAAGCGACGUGAGAAAGAUGCAGGAGAAAAGUGCGAAAGUUCUUCGGAGCGGAGCGUUGAGUUCCAAGAGGGCCCCAUUGGUCUGGAGAUUCAGUGGACUGCCCCUCCAGUCGUGGUUGCAGUGGUGCCAGGUGGUGCCGGUGAAGCUGCAUUUGUCCAGCCCGGGCAAGCAAUUCUUGACAUCAACGGUUGCCAAAUGAUGGAGGCACUGCCUGAACUGGAGCUCGAAGAGUUGAUGCAACAGCGGCCCCUGCAGCUUCGCUUGGGCAGCACUUCCACCAGUCCCCAGAUGCGUUUGUACGACAUCGUAAGGCAGAAGGGUGUGGCCAAAUGUCGUGCCAUCUCUGAACAGACUGCGCAAGAAGUGCUGAAAUUUAUGCAUUUGGAGUAUCGCCGGUGCAUUCAAGCAAGCCUGGAAGACAAAGCUUUGCUUCAGCAUUUCUUCUCCAAUGUCCAGGUACCAAAGGCCAGUGCUGAUGAUCCUGUCACACGCUGGGACAUGCGGCUUCCAAUGGAUGCUUCGAUCUAUCGAGCUCUUGAAGAAAUGCUUGGGAAGAGCGCUGGUGAUGAGGGCUUGGGAGCAACCUUGGAAGAACUGGCCGGUCCAGAUGCCGAGCUGUGGGAACUUGGUGUUGUAGUCACAGAGCCAGGAGCAGCGCCACAGCCCGUCCAUUUUGAUGCUGCAGAACGGUGCCUGUACACAACCUUCGUGGCUCUUCAAGAUGUGACCUAUGACAUGGGACCCACGCACUUUUGGCCAGGAACCAACACCGCUGUGGCCCAUCGAAGAUUUGAAGGCGACCCACAAGGCUUUCUGGAAACUCUGCAGCCUGCAGCGCCUCUACUCAAAGCAGGAGAUUCGGUGAUUUAUGACAGCCGCUUACUUCACUGUGGGGGCGCCAAUGUUUCCAGCACUCGCGCUCUCCUCUAUGUCACCUUCCGAGAUGAGUCCUUGGCCAGCAAUUGGAUCCAGGCAGAUUGGGAAUCCAACAGCAUUCCAUCCGCCCAGCCUUGGCAAAGCGCUUUCGGCUGCGACACUUUCGGCCAUGACUCAGCUGAGCGUCAUCUUCCACUCCAGCCGCGGGCCGGCAACUCUGAAGUUUUAGACCCGUUGGCUAUGGCAUGCCUGGCUGCUGUCGCUGCUGUGACAAAAGAUGGCCUGCGCAUGCCUCAGCUGACAGGUAUGCAGAGCGCGAAGAUGCACUGGAGGCUGAGCUAUUUACCCACAUGCAAUGCCGGUUAA